UCGGUAACUGUCAAAUUAAUUUUCAAGGGCUUUUAUUUCAAUGUCAUGUCAGUGUGACAUAAAAGGUGUAAAAAUUCAAAAAUUAGAUAGAAUGUAACAAAUAAAUGAAAACGUAAAAUGCAUUCCAUAUUUUGCAAAUAAUAAACCCCCUAGGAAACGAAAUGGAAGAUCAGUUGAAAUACGAGCUGGGCAUAUUAAUUUUCGUGUUAAUCCUAGCUAGAAUAUUGUAUUUAAUUCAUAAAAUAACAACUGGUUUUAGCAGAGAAGCCACAUCGAAAAGGACUUUACCAUGUAAAACAAUCGUUUGUAUUGGUUCAGGUGGGCACACCACAGAAAUGUUAACUCUUCUAAAUACUCUCACUUUCUCAAAAUAUUCUCCAAGGUAUUACUUUAUGGCAAAAACGGACACAACAAGUUACGCAAAAGUAAAAACUCUGGAGAGUGUUAAGAAACAAAAUGAUUCCUACAAAAUUUUUGAAAUACCCCGAAGUCGAGUGGUUGGUCAGUCAUAUUUAACAUCAGUCUUUACAACGCUUUACUCAAUAUUAUACUGUAUUCCGUUGAUUUUAAAAAUUAAACCGGAGCUAAUUUUAUGUAACGGGCCAGGGACAUGCAUUCCAAUUUGUUUAAUAAGUUUUUUAUUAAAAGCUGCCUUUAUUUUAGACACAAGGAUAGUUUUUAUUGAGAGUUUUUGUAGGACACAAACAUUUUCACUAAGCGGGAAGAUUUUAAUGUAUUUUGCAGAUAAUUUCCUGGUUCAAUGGCCGAGUUUAAAACAAAGGUUAAAAAGAGCAGAAUAUAUUGGACAAUUAAUGUAAACAAAAACUAUUUAUUAAUAAAAUAACAAUACUAAAAUCCAUA